ACGCGCAGCCUCCACAAUUGUUCGUUUGACGCAUUUCUCUUGCGUGGGAACCGUCGCUUUUUCGUGCUUUACUCGAACUUUUGUCUCUUCAGAGCGUACACUGAUAACACGUUAUGUGAUAAGUACUCAAUAAGUUAACAAGUGAGUGGGUGCAAGUGAUGAACAAUAUAUAGUGAGAAAACAAACGGAAAUGGCUGUGUCUUCGGUGGUUGGGGUUCUACUCAUCACAGUGAUUGUAAGAUGUGAACCGAUGUUAGACUCUUACAGUUACAGGAAUGAAGCAUCUCAGUUUGGUGAGCUGUUGAGGCCACCACCGCCACCACCGUUGUCGAUUCACCCUGUGCCAUUUCAUGGGGCACCUGUAAGGUCUGCACACCAAAGUGGAGAUAUUAGCUACCAAUAUCAAGUGCCACCGCCGCCACCACCAUUACCGCCUAUGACUGCACCAAGUGACUUUAAACCACCAACCCCAUUUUACAGACAAUAUAAUUUCAAUUUUGUUCCACAACCUCAGCCAUUUACAACUACUCCGUCCCCUACCAUGUUCCAGAAAGUGUCACAAUGGCUGUUUCCUUCGCAACAAAUGUCGGAUGAUAUGAAUAAUUCGCCCAGUAGUUACAAUAUACCACAAAAAAAAGAUUGUAAUCCUUGCAAUUUCGCUCCAUGGAUACCAGUUAUACGAUACGAUGUAACUAAGAAUCAUGACAACCCAAAACCUAUUUAUGGAGUCCCGAACCCCAGUGGUUCAAAUAUAUUAAAUAGUGUGCAAAAUGUCCCCCAAAGGUUCAAUAAAAACUCAGAUCCAAAUCAAUUAUCGACAGAUGGAUCCCAUGACACAUAUGGUCUACCCAAACAAACAUUUGGAGAAAGUAAUAUCUUUUCUAGUCCAAGUUCAACGUAUGGUCCACCAAGCCACACUGUUACAAUAUCACAUACCAUGCCAAGUGUAAACCCCUUUGUAAGUUCAUCUUAUGAUAUUUCAAGUAAUUCAUAUAGUUCCCCAUUAUCAAAUCAUAAUACACCAAAUGGGUAUAGUUCAUUGACAUCAAGUUCUUCGAUAUAUAUAACGCAAUCUUCAACCUUAGCGCCUAGUAUUUCAAACUAUAAUGAACAUACCUCAAGCCAACGAUUACCAAACCAGAAUUAUGUAGAAUUUUCAACUACCGUAAAUCCUUCUCAUGACUUCCAAUUACCAAAAGUUGAGCAGCCAACUCAAUUUAAAAAUUCAUAUGGUGAACCAAUAGCUAAUUCAUAUGCCUUAGAUAUACCUUAUCCGGUGUCAUCUACUGGUGCUGAAUCUCAUAAAGUGAAUACGGAAGUUCUUCCAGACAGUAAGCCACUAUCGUAUACUCCAAAUGUCUCUUUAUCUAACCCAGCUCCUUUUAGUCUGAAUAAAGGGAGAAACAUACAUACCUUACAACCUGUUGCUUUACCAAAUUUAAGUGUGUCACCAUUACCACCAAUUUUUAACGCUAGACCUUUUCGGCCAUUUGCACCGAAGUAUUCCAUUCACAGUUCGAAAGGAAAUGAUCAAUUAGAACAGCAUAUCAAUAAUCUUAACAUAGCUAAAAGUAUACCAAUAGCUGAAUUCGUUCACUCUGUUGAAUAUCCAGCAACAGUAAUUCAAUCUCCUGUUAUUGAUAUAGAUACAAAUAAAAUCAAUAAUCAAACGAAAUCCUAUCGAAACAUCCCUAACAACUUUAUUAUAGAUGAUUUUCGAGACAUAUCUCCACAAGCUUCUGAAGACCAUAUUUCUGCAGCUAAUUCUCAUCCCGAUGCAAGUUUCGAAAGUACAGGAGCCGAUUAUGGGAGUGAUCUAUAUGACUCAGGUUUAGCAAAUGAGCUAAAGCAAAUGAGCGUCCCCUCUAAUCAUAAUCCAGUCUUUGCUGAUUUAAGAGGAUUGGAAGAUGAAGAUAUUGACAAAUAUCGUACCGAAAGCAACCUACAACAUAUUGAUUCACCAUUGCUAUAUCUUAAGCCAAAUGCUCCUCACAAGAGCUUCUCAACCUUCAUAACUCCUUCUACGCCCAGAAAUAUCAAUGAAUAUGAAAUAUAUGACGAAGCUGUUACUACACCAGUUCCACAAGAUACUACACUUACUAGUGCUUGGGAUGAAAGCAGAAUGUUUUAUGCUCAAGAUUCACAAGAAAAACACAGUAAUAUAAAUAGAGCCAAAGUUGUUCAAAUUAUUAUUCCUUAUACCAACGCAGAUCAAGAAAAAGAAACUAAAUACAACGAUAGAGAAUGGCCUUAUAAUUUUGAGAAGGAUUUCCAGGCUAGAAAAGUUCAAACACAAACAGAGUCUAGUUUCAGUAGCAAACCAACUGUAAGCUAUGAAUCUUCAUCAACAACAGAAUUACCCACUCCUGCUGUAACUGAAUAUUAUAAUUCAGAAAAUAUAAAUACACAACCUAACGAUCAGUUUGAUGUUAAAGAAGCUCCAUUUGAUAUAAUACGAUUACAACAUACAAUAGAUGCCUGGACCCAACAAGAGUAUACGAAAGAUUAUAAAGUACCUAAUAAGACAAGGCCUAGCGAAAAAUAUGCUAAGCAAAUACCGGAUGAUUUCCUUACCACAUUAAGCCCCUUAACAACUCCAACAGACAAUUAUAAUUAUAAGUAUGACUUGUAUGAUCACGAAGGAUCAAGUAGCAUACAAUAUACAGUUAGACAUAAUAAAACAAAUAAUAUAUCUCCUAAACCAUUCAUGCAAUAUAAUACAAUUGAACGUAGUAAAACAAAUUACGAUAGCGGUAAGAAUGAUGAAUUGCGUGAAAUACAAAAACUACAUAUUUAUACUGCAGCUUCUAAAUUCAGAAAAUUAACAACUCCUCCUCCAUGGGGCCACAUACAAACGUCUAUAUCGCCUCUAACAAAAGAAAAGGUCUAUGUAGUGACUUCAAAGCCGUGGAGAGAAAAGUCAAAUUUUUCGAAUGAGCAUGAAUCAAAGGUACAGUCUAGAUCAAAUGACCCUGAUGACAUGCCGUUUAAGUCACCAAGGUUUUCAAAUCGGCCUCCGAUGGGAGAACAAUCAGACGUUUUCACUAAAGGGUGGCAUCAAAUUAUUAACAACUUAGAGAGUCGCAUGUUUACUGGAAGUUCGUCUUUUGAAGAUACUUCGAAAGAAGAGGGGCAAGAGAACGAAGAAUCAAAGACUGAGUCCCAGAGUUGAAGAGUUUGUAUGUAGACGCAUUCAAAAGCGGCAGAACUUGGGUAAACUAUAAUUUGUGAUAGUGUGAAGUGACAUUAAACAUUGAAUACAAAGACAAAUUUAUAAGCGGGAGCAUGUUGUAUUUAGCUUAUAAAAUGAACUAUUUAGUUUGUAAGUGACAAUCAUUACUAGAGUUUUAGUAUCUAUUUUUCCCGUAAUCAUAGAGAUCAUAGAUACGAAGCCAAAACAGUAUUUGUGGCUUAUUAGACUUGAAUUUUUAUAUUGUAAAUAAAAUAAAUGUCUUGAUAGCUAAGGACGCAACAACUAUUACUAUUAUUUACUAAGAUAAACAUUAAGUUGAUUUUUAAAAACUUUCUUAAAAAUGUAUUUAAUUUAAUAAUUAAUAUUAUAUUGUAAUUUAUGCUGUAAUACUACUAGUUUUGGCAUAGAAAAUGCGAAUGUUUGGUACAAAUUUUUGCCUGAUAUUUUCUUACUGAUAUGUAAUAAGUUUAAUUGUAAUUGAAAAAAUGUAUGUAUCUUAUAUUUUAAUUCACAAGCCAUA